UGCUGAAGGACGGUCGGCUCCUCGCACUCUCAUCUUUACUCCCCGAAACACAGGCAGAGUGCAGGAACAGACAGACCAUGGGGGAGCACCACAGUGGCUCGGCCGGAGUCACACAACCAUCUGUGUCAGGAGAGCAGAUGGAGGGACACAUUUACGAGGUUGCGGUGCAGAGCAACUCCACUAAUCACACCUCCCAGUUUGCAGAUGUGGCCCUGCUGCAGAAGUUCAAGUCCCUCAUCAUCCCCUGCUACGUGCUGGUGGUGGUGGUGGGCGUCUUCGGCAAUUACCUGCUCCUCUAUGUCAUCUGCCGAACCCGAAAGAUGCACAGUGUCACCAACUUCUUCAUCGGCAACCUGGCCUUCUCCGACAUGCUCAUGUGUGUGACUUGUGUCCCCUUCACGCUCGCCUACGCCUUCAAUCCACACGGUUGGGUGUUUGGCCGCUCGAUGUGUUAUCUGGUGUUCCUCGUCCAACCGGUCACCGUCUACGUUUCCGUCUUCACACUCACAGCUAUCGCGGUGGACAGAUAUUACGCAACCGUUCAUCCCCUGAAGAAGCGCACCUCAGUGGCCACCUGUGCCUCUGUCCUCACUGGCAUCUGGCUGCUGUCCUGCGGGCUGGUGGCUCCGGCAGUGACCCACACCUACCACGUCGAAUUCAAAGAGGAAGGCUUCACCAUCUGUGAGGAGUUCUGGUUGGGACAAGAGAAAGAAAGACGCGCUUAUGCAUACAGCACCCUGCUGGUCACAUAUGUCCUGCCGCUGUCGGCCGUCUUCAUCUCUUAUCUGUGCAUCACUGUCAAACUGAGGAACUGUGUUGCACCGGGCCACAGGACACAAGGCCAGGCAGGGGCUCAGCAGGCUCGUAAGAGGAAGAUCUUUCGCUUGGUCGCACUCCUGGUCUCUGCCUUUGCCGUGUGCUGGCUCCCGAUUCACGUGUUCAACGUGCUGCGAGACGUUGACAUUCACCUCAUUAACAAGCGCUACUUUUUACUCAUACAACUGCUGUGCCACCUGUGCGCCAUGAGCUCCUCUUGUUGUAACCCUUUCCUCUACGCAUGGCUACACGACCGCUUCCGCACCGAGCUGCGGAAGAUGUUCAAGUGCCGCCAUCGUAUUGGAGUGCCCGCCAAUCACUGUGCAGCCAGUGUGGUCUUGUAAUCGAUUGCUGAAAAUGUUGGUGUGGUAAAGAAUUAAUGGAGUUCAUCCUGUGGCCACCGUUAAUAUCCACAAGACAUGUUUUACUGGCAGUACAUUGAUUCUUACGUUGUGUACAAACACGAUAUAUUGGCCAGGAUGGCUCUUGAAGGGAGGCCACUUUUCUGGGGAGUGUGAAAGGGUUCAGUCAAUUUCGUUAGAAAAAUAAAAUGACGAAGAAGAAAUGUUACCCCGGACAGAAGAAAAGAAGGGAUUGUUAAUCCUCUGUGGGCCAUGAAUGACUCGAAAUAUCAACACCAUCCAGAUCCAAUUGUAUAAAAAAGUUGAUUAUUUUCCACAAGGUUGCUGCUAUAGGAUAAAUCUCAUACAUAUUACAACCUGCUAAGGGUUCAUCCUCUGGGAAUCACGUGUGUGCCAAGUAAAUUUCAUGACAAACUGAAACUUGAACUUUGAGAUUUCUUUUACAAAAAUGAAUAGACAUAGGGUCACUACUGUAAAUGAAAGUUCAAUGGGCGGCUAGGACUAUUUUAACCGAUUCUCUGGGAGGCACAGCAGCAGAUUCAAUAGAAAUCAGGUCAUUUAUUGAUAAGAUAACUUGUCCUGGACUAUGGUGUUGGGUAUUAAAAUAAUUUCCAAUAAUGGUGUCAGAGGUCACCAACAUCAGGAUGGGAAAAAGGCCUACAAAGGUGUUUGGGAUCAUCCUCUGGAAACCACACCAAACUUCAAGGAGGGUCAACCCUGGGCCAAACUUGGGAUGACCCUUUGAUCCAUCCAUCCAUCCAUGGACUUACAGAUACAUGUUUAUCAUAGGUUUCUCUUCUGGGAAAACGUUUGUGAUGUAAAGGCUUAAAAUAUCUAAGAUUGCUCUUUCAAUAUUUAAUGUGACACAUUGUAAUGUAUAUGUAGGCUACUGUUCAUGUAACCGUCUGUUUAUGGAAUGAUCUGUAAGAACGAGAUAUUGUCCUCUUGAGGGACUCAUCUUUAUGCUAACAAACGAACGAGGAUUCUAAUCUAAAAUGACCUAGAAAUGCCAGAUGAAGGUCGAGCGCGAUGAACAUAGUUAAGAUGAAUAUAUGAAAAGCAAAUGAGUUCAGAUCUAGUUUGGAGUGGUCACAGCAGAUGAGUUUGUUUCACACCAGGGCACUGGUGUCAGAUCUAAUAAUGUGGUGCUCUGCCUUUAGAGCCCGAUGGAAUAAAUUAUCAUCAUGAACUUGCGCCCCCAGGGCUCUAAUUUUAUGAAAAGCCAGAGGUUGAAUAAGCACCUCGCUGUAUAAUUUAUCUAAUUAUUUCCAAUAGCUUAUAUAGCUGGCUUGUAAAAAUGGCUGUAGAAUUUGAAGUGUGGUGGUUGCCUAUGUGUUCUUUGUGCUGGUCUGUAUUCUCUACGUGUACACGUCCUUCUGACUCACUGUAGGAGUGGAGGUGGACGGCGGAGGUCUUGUUGCACCUGUAUGAAUUCAACAGGAUUGAAGUGCUACGGUCACUGAAGUGAUUAAACCAUUGUCGUUAUAGUUGCUCUUUCCUUAUCAUCAUUUACUCUGCAAACCAAUGGCUUUGGGUACAUACAGCAUACAGUGCUUUUUAAGUAUAUAUAUUCUUUGUGAUGUUACAUGCUACAAAGUUAUUUGACGUGGGCUGUGUUACCACACACUGUGAAUAAAAAGGCCAGACGA